GGUUGUAAUGGAUGGAUCCUAUCGUUUAUUAGAACAAUUUAAGAUAGUUUUGAGUUUAACAUAUUACGCUGGAACUGGACUGGAUCUGGCAACACUGUCGAGCAGCUGCGGAAGAGAGAAUGUGAGCAUAAAUUUAUCGAUUUUGUGAAAACGCAACAUAGAACCGGAGAGCGUGUCUGGCACGGGUAGAGUCCAGACAAGAUUUCAGAAUCCCAAAGCCAUAGUGAGAGAGUAGCAUCAUCCGAAGUACAAUGUUAUUACGCUCCUCGCCAUCACCGUUGUCGUCGUCGUCGUCGUCUAGCGCUGCGGAUUUUGUGUAAUAUUCAAAAUGUCUACCCGUGCGAGGAACUAAAGAGUUCUGGGUGACCAUAGCGCGCGCCGGCCGUCCCGGAACAUCCGUUCGGAAUACUCACCGUAGGUUCCCAGGGAUCCUGCCCAAUUGGGUUUAACGGGGGUUUGUGUGUCGCCAGAGUGCCGCGAGUCAGUGAUGUGGAAACUGCACUGCUGAGGGUUAGCUCCGUACCGGAUCCGUCAAAGUCCGGAAUCUAUCUACCACGGGAACCCCGUUGCUUCCGUCGUCGCGCGUGACCUCCCGUCGUCUGUGUGUCGUUUUUAUGUGUGUUUUGUGAGUUUUUCGGUUUUCGGUGUGUUCCGUGGCGUGUACGUGUGUGUGUAUGAUCCAGAGUUCCUAGGAUGUCAUCCUGAGAGUCGGCCCUUCCAGAACUCCAGCGACCCAGAUCUUCCGGACGGACGAACGGGUGGACUCCAGAGUGUCCAGCAGUGCCAAUCAGAGGUGUCCAGUGUGCUAAAAAUGGGAACCUGCAAGGGCAAAGCCUUCUUUUGGCCGGAGAUUGCGUAAAAAGCCUCCUCCUCUCGACUUCCGGAUUUUCCCAGAGUGCAUCCAAAGUACACGCCAUUGGGCUAUUGAGACUUCAGGGGGGCUCUUUUCGCGAGUAGUGCUUCAAGUGCAUCAAAGAAAGUGGCUCUUGAGAUAGAUGAAAGUCCAACAGGAAUUUACAUAUAGAGUCCCGCGAGGUCUUGUGCCGUGUCCCCCUACUUGUACUGGAUAGAAUGUAAAUAUCGAGCGUACAAGGAGAGAGAGGAAAAAACAAGAAAAAAAUCAAUAUUUACUACGCUUACAGCGCGAAGAGAGCUGUGCAAAGAGAGAGAGGAGUAGUGCGUAUCUGCAGAGCAAUAAAGGCAAAGAAGGAAAGAGCCGAAGGAAGAGAGAAUAACAAAACAGAAAAGAUAGUGAAGGAGAGAGGAAUCUAAGAAGUUCGAGAUAAGGCAUCGGCAGUGCUGAUGAGGAAGAAAGAAGCAGAAGAAGAGUCAGAGUAUGCGACAAAAGUUCUGUGAUUAAUGAUAGUGAAAGCAAGCGAAGAAAGGAGAAGGUCGAUACGAGUCGGGUGCAUGCAUACUUUUGAAGAAGCAUAAAAAAGGAAGAAAAUUGCCUCAUCGGAAAAUUGCGGAAGCAGUGUGUGAGAUUGUGUGAGUGGUGAUCGACAGCGAGUGUGAUUCGGCACAAAUUUGCGGGUGAUUGAUUCUUCGCGCACAAAGGGCGAUUACGAUGAGCCUGCAAAAGUGAGCUCGGGAAAUUUAAUUCUUGCCGAAUAUCGCUGAAAAGUGUUUGCUUGAGGAUUCGUGUGUGGAUUAUUGAGAGACGAAUCAAAGAAGCUUAGUCGAUUGGUGAUUAUUGCAAAGUAGGAGAUCAAAAAGAUCGCUUUCCUAAACUAAAAGGAUCACAACCCAUUGAGAUUGCUAUGUAUCGCUUCACGUUAUACGUAGUACACGUUUGCUAAAAAGAAAAAUAUCAAUACUCAACAAAAGUGCUAAUAAUAAAAAUAAGAAGUAAUCAGUUAUUGAAUUUUACGUAGAGCCGUUUAUGAAUCACAUGCAUUAAUCCAUAUUACAUAAAAAUAUACCAGUUAAGCUUCACAAAAUCCGAUAGGGAUUCUUUUCGCGUUUUCAUUCAUCAAACAUCAACAAGUAAUCAUGCACUAGUAGUCCUCGUAAUACAUAAAAUGCUUAACUAUAACAGUGAUCAAAGUAAAUAAGUAGUGCUUUCAAUAAGAGAAUUACCUUCAAUACAAACGUAUUUGUUCUACCAGACUGAAGUUUGCAAACGUAUUAGCAUCUUUAUUAGAGUCUUCGAGCCCAUUUUAAGGGGAAACAAAGCGCGCAAAAUAUUUUAGCAUCAAUGUGCUAAUCACUCGUGAACGAAACCAAAUCUAAGAAGAAGAUAAAUAGUGGAUUAAGUGCAAUCCUACGAUCCCACCAAAAAAAGAAAGAAAGAAAAAAGGAAGAAUCGUCAGUGUUGUUGAUUGGAAAGGUGUGAUUCCGGUGGAAAGAGGGUGCGCGAUUGCUGCAUCCUUCCGCACGGUCCAGCCAUGUUGUCGUCGUCGGCCAGCUCGGCGGACCGGUCACACCAUCAGCUGCUGUACGGACAGAUCGUUGCUUUCAUUGUUGUAACCGUGUUUGUUGUUGGAAACUUAUGUGCCUGGCAGGAAAACGUGCGACCAAAGCUCUACGUGUCACUAGCUGAUGAAGAGUACCUGAAAUUUCAGGGCAACGAAUCGACGAUCGAUUUCUUCAAACUCGUGCUGCGGGAUGUCACCACCAACAGUUUGCUGGUUGGUGCGAGGAACAUCGUGUACAAUCUUAGCAUAUACGAUCUGAGUGAGCAGACGCGGUUAGUGUGGUACUCUUCGGAGGAUGACAUCAAGAUGUGCGUGAUGAAAGGCAAAGACGAGGAUCUCUGCCAGAAUUAUAUCCGCGUGUUGGCACUGCCAACGCCCGGAACGCUGCUCGGCUGCGGCACCAAUGCAUUCCGGCCGCUGUGCCGGGUGUACGGCAUCAACGGCAACAGCUACUCCGUCGAGUCGGAAAAACCGGGCCAAGCCGUCUGCCCGUACGAUCCGGCCCACAACUCGACCGCGGUCUAUGUCGAUAACGAACUCUACUCCGGCACGGUGGCUGACUUCAGCGGUCUUGACCCAAUUAUCUACCGGGAACCGCUGCAGACCGAGCAGUACGACAGUUUGAGCCUGAACGCGCCCAAUUUCGUCGGAUCGUUCACGCAAGGCGACUUUGUCUACUUUUUCUUCCGCGAGACGGCCGUCGAGUUUAUCAACUGUGGCAAGGCCGUCUUCAGUCGAGUUGCACGGGUGUGCAAAUGGGACAAGGGAGGACCCCACCGGUUCAAGAAUCGCUGGACCACCUACCUCAAGUCCCGGCUAAACUGCUCGAUGCCGGGGGAUUUUCCGUUCUACUUUGACGAAAUACAAUCGGCGAGCACGCUGGUCGAGGGUCGAUAUGGCAACGGAAACGCCAAGCUAAUCUACGCCGUGUUCACAACGUCAACCAAUGCAAUUGCGGGCUCGGCGAUAUGUGCAUUCUCGUUACAGGAUAUCGCCGACACGUUCGAGGGCAACUUCAAGGAGCAAAGUGGAUUAAACUCUAAUUGGCUACCUGUUAACCCAUCGAAGGUUCCCGAUCCGCGGCCCGGUUCGUGCCACAACGACUCCCGGACGCUGCCCGACCUGACGCUCAACUUCAAAAAGACGCAUUCACUGAUGGAUGAAAAUGUGCCAACAUUUUUCGGUUCGCCGCUCCUGUCCCGCGUCAGCACGGUCUAUCGGUUCACUGCCAUCGCCGUCGAUUCGCAGAUUAAAACCCCGGGCGGAAAAACGUAUGAUGUGAUUUUCGUCGGUACAGAUCACGGAAAAAUCAUCAAAACUGUGAAUGCAGAAUCUGCCGACUCGAGCAAAAAAGUCUCCUCGGUUGUAAUCGAGGAAAUCGAUGCCCUGCCAACGAGCGAACCGGUGCGGAGCCUGGAGAUUGUCCGGACCAUGCAAUACGACACGCCAAAGGACGGAAGUUAUGAUGAUGGAAAAUUAAUUAUAGUCACCGAUACAACCGUGAUAGCGAUUAAAUUACACCGUUGCAGCAGCGAAAAGAUAACAAGUUGCAGCGAGUGCGUCGCGCUGCAGGAUCCGUACUGCGCCUGGGACAAGAUUGCCGGCAAGUGCCGAUCGCACGGGGCCCCGCGGUGGUCGGAGGAGAACUACUUCUACCAGAGUGUGGCCACCGGAGACCACGCUGCCUGUCCCUCGGGGAAGAUGCCCAAGGACGCCAACGUGGAGAAGCAGGGCUAUCGAGGCGACAUCGACUACGACCCGCAGCGUCCAAGCAAAGACCAACCGGGCAACGACAUGAUCAGCAUCAUGCAGGACAAGAACGGUUACGAUGACAAGGGCGGCCCGCAGAUCACGCCCGAUCUGAUCAACGCCCAGUACACGGUCGAAACUCUGGUGAUGGCCGUCCUGGCGGGGGCCAUCUUUGCCCUGCUGGUGGGCUUCAUCACGGGGUACUUCUGUGGGCGGCGGUGCCACAAAGACGAGGACGACAAUCUGCCGUACCCGGACACGGAGUACGAGUACUUUGAGCAGCGCCAAAACGUCAAUCGUAAUUUGACUCUUUGCAGGAUACAAACCGAGCCGAAGUUGCUGCCGCAGGUCGAAGAGGUGACCUACGCCGAACCGGUGCUGCUGCCGCAGCCGUCUAGUCAGAACAAGAUGCAACACUCACCAAAAAAUACGCUGCGAAAACCGAUGGUCGGAGGCCAUCAUCACGCGGGAGGUGGCGUCAACUCGGAAACGCUAUUCCAGUUCCAGCCCGAUGGCUACAAUGCUCGUGACAAUUACCGAGGUCGCGACAACUUCGGCACCCUCCGAUCCCACCAAGGUGAUAAUUAUCGUCGCGGUGACGGAUUCUCAACAACAAGAAGUGUGAAAAAAGUGUAUCUCUGAGACGGGAACGGGGCGGCUGAGACCAGCCAGGGACUAAUUAAUCAAAAUAUGCAUUUUUAUAUAGGUCCUUAAUACCACCACUCGUAACAGAAGUCUCGGCCGAAUGAAAAGGCAGCCGCCCCGGCAUGGCAUAGUAACACAACAUCGUUCCGACAGUCCCCAGAAUUCCAGUUCCGGAUCUUCCCCAGUCAUGUCCAACAGUAGUUCUAGUCCGGCGCCUCCCUCGAGCAGUCCUAGUCCACAAGAGAGCCCAAAAAACUGUAGCUAUAUUUAUAGAGAUUGAUUAUUAUAUAAACCCCAGCCACCACCACCGGAACCGCGCUCCCACGGCAGUAACGACGCAA